AUGGACAGAUAUAGCAACAUUGUUGCGCGUGCCGCGGGCAACCAGGCCCUCGAUGUCAACGACUUCAACGUCAAUGGCGGCGUUGCUGCUGAUGUCGCUCUGACCGUUCGUGGCUCCGAUUGGUACUGGGCAGUCUGCGCAGUCAUGACCUUCGCAACCAUCGCCUUCGCUGGACUCUCUCACACCAAGCCUCGUCAAGACCGUAUCUUCCACUACAUCACCGCCGGUGUGACCAUGGUUGCAGCCAUUGCAUACUUCUCCAUGGCAUCUCACUUGGGCUGGACUCCAAUCGACGUCGAGUUCAUGCGCAGCGACCCCAAAGUCGCAGGAAUCAACCGUGAGAUCUACUACGUGCGAUACAUCGAUUGGGUCAUCACCACUCCUCUCCUUCUCAUGGAUCUCCUCCUCACCGCCGGCAUGCCAUGGCCAACCACCCUCUUCGUCAUUCUCGUUGACGAAGUCAUGAUCAUCACCGGUCUGGUUGGUGCCCUCGUCUCCUCCAGCUACAAGUGGGGAUACUUCGCUUUUGGCUGCGCCGCUCUCGUCUACAUCCUCUACGUUCUGGUCUGGGAGGCCCGCAAGCACGCCUACGGUGUCAGCUCCGACGCCGGCAAGGCUUUCGUCAUCUGCGGUUCGCUCACUGCCUUCCUCUGGACUCUCUACCCGAUCGCAUGGGGUGUAUGUGAGGGUGGAAACAUCAUCUCCGUUGACUCCGAGGGUGUCUUUUACGGUAUCCUCGAUCUCCUCGCCAAGCCUGUGUUCGGUGCCCUUCUUAUCUGGGGACACCGUAACAUCAGCCCUGCUUCUCUCGGACUGCACAUUGUUGACUACAACGGUACUGACGCCGUCAUUCACGAGAAGAACACUGGCGUUCCCGCUGGUAACACCACCAACGUUACCAACGACUACGGCACCGCUGCUGCAUAG